CUAAAGCGCGGCCUCUUUUGGUCAAAUAUUUUAUUAAAUUUAAUUAAUUUAAGCGAUUUAAAGUGUUUUAGGACUGUGCAAAUAGUUAAAACAAAAGCAUGUGGAACAGGCCGAAAGUGUACGAGAAUAGGACCGCCAAAAACGAGGAAAACGAUCAGGAGGAGGCUUCAUACGUCAAGGAGGAAGAUCAUAUAAAGCCCGAGAGAUCAAGUUCGCUGCGCCUGAAUAACACCAAUAUGUCAAUAAAGAGAAGUCAGCUGCCAUACUCGCGGCCCAUUCCCCAGAACCGUGAGGAACUCCUCCAGAGCAUCGGGCGAGAUCGCGAGGUUCUGGGGGCCUACUUCCAAAGAUUAACAUCCCAGCGAGAGGAUGCCAAGUCGCCGGAUGUGGCACCACCUAACCCUCCUGCUCCCCAGCGAAACAGCUACGACCUGUUCUUCGAGAGCGCCUGCAUCAGUGUCAAAGGAUUGCCACCCAAAUUGGCCGCCGAAGCCAAGAGCCGCAUCUCCCAGAUCAUCACUGAGUUCGAGAUCCGCGCCAUCUCGGAAUUGGAGGCCCAGCAGGAGCGCCGAAUGGACAAUGCAUCGGGGAUAGUCUACGAAUUCCGACCCUGCUCGUAA